CACGGAAACCCUCUGUUUUCAACAAUGGCAACAGAGUUUCUCCUCCCACAUGGAACUAUAAAAGAGCCGUGUUGUUGGUCGAUCAAAUCACCAGUUCUCUCAGUUUGAGAAAGCAGCUUCUUCUCUUCUACAAAAAACCAGUCAACAUGAAGUGCCUGAUGAUCUUGGCUGUUUUGGUUGCUGCCGUUGCUGCUGCACCCCAGUUCUAUCCUGGCUACUCUUCCCUUGGCUACUCUGGUCUUCCCUACGCCGCUGCUCCUGGCUUUGCUUACGGUUACACAUCUCCCGUUGCCUACGGUGCUGCUGCUCCCGUUGCCUACGCCGCUCCUGCUCCCGUUGCCUACGGUGCUCCUGCCCCCGUUGCCUACGCCGCUCCUGCUCCCGUUGCCUACGCCGCUCCUGCCCCCGUUGCCUACCAGACCGGUGCCAAAGUUGUGGCCAAGUACGAGCCCGUCGAGCAACACGGAUACCGAAUCGCUUAUUAAACGACGUACCCAACUUGAACGUGAACAUAAGAUCAUCUGUUCCUAUCAAUCGAGACGAUGAAUUCAACAUUCUUUUUGUCGGGAAACGCGAGCGUCCAUUCGAGCCAAUUUCAAAGACGAAAUAAAGAUUUUUUUUUCAAAGACUA